AAGAGCCAAAGAGGGAGGAUGUAAACACAGCAUCUUGGAGAAAACAGAGGAAUAGAUUGGUUUUAGUUUGUUUUCUGAGCUAACUGAACAGUUUUUCCUCAGCUUUAUCAUAUAUUGAGAUAUAGAAAGUGUACGCAAUUCCUCAUAGCCUAGUUUAACAUCAGUUAAAGUGAGUUUUGUUGCCUAAUUUAGCAGAAAGAAGAAUAUAAAGAUGAGUCACGUCGACGUGAAAAACCUGAAGCCCACCAGCUUUGAGGAUCGCUACUACGAUGAAUACGAGUAUUAUAAUCUCACAGACCGAUACACAGAGUGCACUAGCCGCAAAGGCAGAACGAAGAAGGAGGCAAGCAGCAACACAAACCGCCCCAACCCUGGAGGCCAUGAGCGCAAGAUUGUGGAAAAGCUUCAGAACACUGAGAAGAAAGCCAAAGAGUGAAACCUAGCAGAAAGAAUCGGACGGCUUGAUCUGGCAACCGACCUUGGGCGCCUUGGCAACGGAUAUCAAAGGGCAGAAGAUACGAGGGACUUCCAAAAGUCCACUCGGCUGUGAUGAGAUGACUGCUGGCGUGGGAGACCGAUGAUUCAGUUUGCACUGGCCAGUGUUUGGUUCAGGGUUCACAAGGUUUUUGUGGGCACGUGCAGUCUGCUGGGCCAUGCACCUGUUCUGGUGCCUGAGUGAACCCUGGAGAACUGGGUGUGCAUGUGCUGUGGUGGUUAAUGUGGUGCUUUUAUGACCGUCUUUGUUAUACAUCUUUUUUACCUACUUUUGACUCUCCAGUGGGCUUAUAGUCCUUUCUUUUAACAUAUUAAAAUGUAAGUCUUAUUUCUUACACCACCCCCCACAAAGUCCUGUUCAUUUCAUAAUAAAUUGGAAUAUAAUGUACAAACCUAUUGUCUGUUAUGUGUAUGGAUUUGCACACUGAGAAGGAAAGGCUUGAAAGUAAUUUGGUACAAGUGUGUACAAGCAGUUUUGGAUGUCCCACUACAGGGGGGGUAUGAAAGCAACAAGUUGUGACUGGUUAACAGGCUCUAUCCAUUAUACUUUUUAAAUGGAGAUAAAGCUACUCACUCUAAUAUUCAGCUAUUAACACCCCCAACAGCAAGCACAAGUUGUGCCUCUUCAACAAUUAUAUUAAAACUGAACUGGCCUGGGCUUGACUGUUUCAUUAUAAAUGCAUUUUCUUUUCUCUUUUUUUCUCCUUUUAAAAAGGGGGGGGGGGGGGGGGAAUUGGUUAAAUGGUUUUAAAGCCCCACUUGACAGUUUGCUUCAUUGUUACCAGAUUGAUUGUCCCAUAGCACUUAUUAAACAUUAAUUUAAAACUA